CCUUCCGGGCCACGGCUCCGUCGCAUCGCACAAGAUCAGCAUCACUGGAGAGUGGAAGGGACACGGGAGCGCCUCGCUCUCCCGCCGCCGAACUGAGCGAACGGCUUCUUCUCUCUUGCUCGGCGUCUCCUUCCUCCUCCUCCUCUUCCCGUCUACGGAGAGAGGAUGGCGUCGGAUGGGGAUCCACCCGUACUAGCUGGAGCCCAAAAUGCAUGGGACAUGCUAUCUGAGGAGCAGUCACAGAAACACAUCACUACUGGUUCUGGUAACAUCAACAACAUACUUGGUGGCGGCAUUCACUGCAAAGAAGUUACCGAGAUUGGUGGUGUCCCAGGAGUUGGUAAAACUCAACUGGGGAUUCAACUAGCAAUCAAUGUGCAAAUCCCAGUGGAAUAUGGUGGCCUUGGAGGGAAAGCAGUUUAUAUUGAUACGGAGGGCAGUUUCAUGGUUGAGCGUGUCUACCAAAUUGCUGAAGGGUGUAUCAGCGACAUACUGGAGCACUUUCCACACAGCCAUGAGAAAUCUUCAUCUGGCCAAAGAAAACUGCAGCCUGAGCAUUUCCUGGCAGACAUAUUUUACUUCCGAAUAUGCAGCUAUACCGAACAAAUUGCAGUUAUAAACUACCUGGAGAAGUUCCUCGGAGAGCAUAAAGACGUGCGUAUAGUGAUUAUUGAUAGUGUCACUUUCCACUUUCGACAAGAUUUCGAUGAUCUGGCUCUGAGGACCAGAGUGCUGAGCGGAUUAUCAUUGAAGUUGAUGAAGAUUGCAAAAGCAUACAACUUGGCGGUUGUUUUGUUGAACCAAGUCACUACUAAAUUUACGGAAGGGUCAUUUCAGUUGACUCUUGCUCUAGGUGACAGCUGGUCCCACUCGUGCACAAAUCGACUGAUUCUGUACUGGAACGGGAACGAGCGAUAUGCAUACCUCGAUAAGUCCCCUUCGCUUCCAGUAGCUUCAGCACCGUAUGCAGUGACAGGCAAAGGGGUGAGGGAUGCUGUGAGUUCAAAUUGCAAGAGAGUCCGAGUAAUGUAGCAACCUUGGUGUGGAGCCACUAUGCUCUUGCGUCUGAACUGUGAGUUCAAAUUGCAAGUUAGACGAUUGGUGUGGAGAAUCAUACCAUUUUGCGUUAGUUGGUAUGGAAAAUUUGGUAUGCGUAGCAGCGCUCUUUCAGGCGGCCCUCCAGUGUUUAUUUCUGUACAUAUUGAUCCGCUUAUUCCCAGCAUCUUCUUUUGCUGUGAGCUUAGUGGGGAACUCGUUGCAAGAAUUCUUCAUCAAUGCAAAAUGCACUGCAUUGGCAGUGUCCCAUAUUAAUUGAGACGGCUGA